AUGGUCAAAAGAGGAUUUCCGCUGUUUGUUGCCAAGAGAAAAUCAUGCAAUACCGGAGCCAGCUUCGAUCAUUGCACCGUUCGAUCAUUGCACCCAGGAUCCUGCACCGUUUUGGAAGGAUAUUGCAACGAAGAACAGCAACGGAAGGGACACAACGUUGCAUCAGUUACUGAGAGAAAUCAGGCGAUUGCGAGAUUAGUUGCCCGAAGUAAUUUGCCAUUUCAAGCGAUUGACUCAGAUGAUUUCCGCUGUUUGUUGCCAAGAGAAAAUCAUGCAAUACCGGAGCCAACUUCGGCCGUGAUCAGAUCAGAGCAGGAUUUAAAAAGCCACGACUUGACUUUGUUACAGUUGAUAAAAAAUCGAGUGCUCGAUACGGCCACAUAUUUGUCAAUGGACGAGCUCGUGAUGCGCCUAUCCGACAGAUAUGAUUUGUUUAGAUCCCACAAUCUUGUGUUCAAAGCACGUGUCCCAAGAAGUAUUCUUCCGUCACUUGGAGGCUGGUCACCGACCGUUUCAAUCACAUUUGUUGACCGGGUGAUUGAAAUG